AUGCCACCUCAGGAAGCAAUGAUGGAAACCUAUCAACGGACCGCCCAGAUCCCGUGCACCCGCGCGGGGUCCAGGAUGACCGUCGGUAGUCUGAGGAAAGCUGGAGACGUUCUCCACAAUCAGCGAGAGCUCGGGAGGUCGGAGGAAGUCAAGUCAGGCCUCUUGACGACCCUAGUGGUAGGGGAAAGGAAAGCACAAAAACAAAGUAAAACAAAUAAAUUAGAUAAGGGUAAAUACGUGCCUCGGAGAGAAGGUAAAUAGCUUGUUGGAGAAGCCAGUCAAGGAAGCCCAACUGAAAGGGCCAGGUGCUAAACUAACAAUGCCCAAGAUGGACACUAGAAAGGCAGCUAAAGGGUUAGUUGCUAAAGGUAAGGAAAAUGUGCUCCCCUGUUGGCGUCCGAGCACUGAUCCCUGCUUGUGUGUAAAUACCCUUGGAGAUGUGCCGUCGCUGGGUUUUGCAACCGUGGUUGUGUGUCCGGGAAACUUCAUAAAAGCUUUGCCCUUAAUUGCAUGAGGUCUAGGGCCUUCACCCCUCCAAUCAUAUUUAUUUACCCGUAUAAUGGUGUCCUCUUAAUAGUAUGGUAGCAGUGCUUGUCUGGACACCCACCUACCUUCCUAUCAAUAGUGGGUACAGAGCUCUCCUCAGUGAUAUUCUUCAUCCAUCUAUGCAUCAUCUGCCUGCCACCCGAAGGUUAUUGUACCAAUGGUAUAUAUUCAGGAAUAGGGUAAAACAAUAGCCAACUUAAUGCACCCUCUUAUUGAGCUUGGAAGGGAUCACCUUCCACUCUACUAGUCACAGAAUCUGAUAGGAUUAAAUCAGUGUCAGCAUAGACUGGUCUCCCAUACCAGUUUGAGCCAGAGUCAGGUCAGUCUAAUUAGUUUUAUAUAUUUGUCAUGGGCAGUGAAUAUCAUCCUAGAGUAAUCUCAUCUCUGACUCCAGAGAUGGACCAGGAACAUAUAUACUGAAGCAUAAGGAUAUGCACCUAAGAACACUAGAUAAUAGUGCAAUAUGCAGGUUAUCACAUACUUGGUUUGAGACAAAACCAACUGGUUAGCAGAACCUAAAACAUGCUGACCCCUGAUCUCACUGUCAGACUGGCAUCUGUAUGAGCCGUGUAAUAGUUAAAAAAAAUGGAAUAAUUAUACAGGAUAUUGCAGAAGCAUUAAAUGCAUUAUAGAAACAACCCACAUUGAACCCCCAGAAGCAAGAUACUUUGUAUUCAUCAGAAAUACAUAUUGUGCUACUAUAUUUUAAGCCACUGAGCAGAUGCAAAGCCAGAAUGCCAGCAAGGGAAAACAAACUUGCGGUCCGAUCACCGUGUCUGGAGGAGGGGCCGAGAGCAGGCGUACCCUCCUCUCACCGGUCGGACGCACGCGGCGCUAUGAAGAAGACGGCAGUGGUGAGACGGCCACGUGUGUGAGUGGACCUGCCCGCCGGGUACUCGCGUCCGACCGUAAGAAACCCCAGGCGCCGGCAGGCUCAUACUGGAGCUCGGGGAGUCAGAGAAGGCAGCCAAGCGGCUAG